AUGCUAAUCAACACGAUCAAUGUCUCGUCGUGGCUGAUGCUGAAUGCUCUGGUGCCUGCUUCACUUCCUGAGUCGCAAAUGCUAAUCAACACGAUCAAUGUCUCGUCGUGGCUGAUGCUGAAUGCGCUGGUGCCUGCUUCACUUCCUGAGUCGGUGAUUGGAAAGUAUAGGGAGCAGUUUGCGAAAUGGCCACCGGUCAGCCCAGAGUCAAUGAAACAACAGUUAUUUGCAGCUCUAAAAAUUUUAAGAUCCUGCAUAAGUUCUAUGUUGGAUUCGAAUUUCACGUCGCAGCAACUGCAACCAUUGUUUGAGCUCUGCGUAACGAUUCGUUUGAAGUGCCUGUCGAAAGUAAUCGAAGAUGUUACACAAGGUGUUAUCGGCUUAGGAAGUAGGGAAAGCUGGAAAUUGGAAAGCACACAUACGGGCCUUACAAAGACUAUCUUACCUGAUCUCUACGAAACUGAAGUAAGCUUCUGUGCUACACUUGGCAAAAACUACAUUCAGUUUUGA